CAAGUAACAAGAGAGGAAUAAAAAGUUCCUUCCAUUCUCUCCACUUUCUCUCCUCUCCAUUUAUUUUAUUUUUGCCAAACAAGGUACAGAAAAACAAAGUUAAGAGGUUCCUAAUCCUUCCCGCGCUUUCUCAAAUCCCUCACUGCUUGCACUGAGCCUCACCAAAAUGGACCAACCAUGGGAAGAAGCUCUAGACCUAGACGAUUCAGAUCUCCCUUCCCUCCGCCCUCUCAAACGCCGUAACCACCAAACCACGGCCUCCGCUGCCGCCGAACCCACUGUCUCUCAACCGUUUCUCCAGCGCUGCUCUAUUUCUCAAUCCUCUCAAACUCUAUCCUCCCAAAACCUCCAAAAUCUCGUCUCUCAAUUCCAUCUCCCCCCUAGCUCCUCUCCACGCCUCAUCCCUGGUCCUGCAGGAAACGUUCAAUCCGCCAUGCUCCGCCGUCGGAAGAAUCAAAAUGGGGAAAAUUUAGCUGCCGAUUUUUGUGAAGAACCAAUACCUACACAGGAGUACAUUAGGAAGGUUAUGGAAGAUGGCGUUGCUGAAGAUGAUGAUGAUUUCACUGGAGACCCCUGGCUCUGUGCCGUGGAUUUUAUUCGCCGCCAAGGCUUGGCAGAUGAGGAUGGUGCAAUUGGGAUUCCUUUGAGUGUGAUAAAGAGCAGAAUUAAAAGCAUAGAUAAAGUGGCUCAGGUUGUUGCCAUUGUUAAAUCUUGCACUCCAAAUGGACUUGGUGAUGCGAUGGUGACCUUAAAGGAUCCAACAGGUACAAUUGAUGGUACCAUUCAUAGCAGAGUUCUCAAUGAUGGGGCAUUUGGGAAGGACAUGUCUAUUGGAGCCGCGAUAAUACUCCAAAAGGUAGCAGUUUUUGCCCCUUCACGCUCUGCCUAUUACCUCAACAUUACACUUAGCAACAUGGUUAAGGUCAUCUCCAAGGAUUGCAAACUUUCAGUAACGCAAGACUGUUCUGCACCUGUAAUCAAACAUGCUGGUCCAGUGUUUGAACACAAUGAAAAAUCAUGGAUGCCACAAAUGCCAUUCUCUUUAUCACAAGGGCGGACUGAUGGAAUCAUGAAUAGUCUCAGACAAAAUGCUAAUAAGGGAGGGAGUUCGCAUAAUGAUCAACAAUCGGAAUGCAAAGAGGGGACAUGGGGCAGAUGCUCCGAUGAUGGAAACAAGGAAAACCAAAACGUAGAUGCUGGUACCGAACUUUUCUUGGUCAAUCAAAAUGUGGCUAAUGAAGCAAUAGAAGUAGCUAACGAAAUGAAGGACAAGGAAAUAAAGCAUUCAACUCGGGCUGGCAGAACCAAUAAAUUGGAAGGUGCCCAAUGUGGAAGUACUGCAGAAGGUUUAAUUGAUGCGUUUAACAAGCAAGAAACUGGGAAUGUUAAUAGAACUAAUCGGAGAAAGCCACCAACUUGGAGGAAUUCACCCCCUCAGUGGACAGAUGAACAGCUGGAUCAGCUUUUUGAAAUGGAUUGAUUACGUCUUAUGCUGAUUGGCUAUUUGUUUGCUCCGUCCUCAGUCCUCAGAAGCAGCAGGUGAAAUCUCUUUAAAGUAUAAAGUUGUACAGGCACUCUUUUUUCCCAUUUUAUACAAAAUUCUUGACCGUUCUGUAGAAUUUCCAAAUUCUAUUUACUCUGGUCCUGUGCAUGGAAACCUCUGUGGGUUCAUCAAUUUAACUUUCCUUUAUGUUAUAUAUAUAAAAAAGAGCCAAAAACAUAUUUGCACUGC